AUGAAGCUCACCUCAUCCUUCUUCUUUCUACCAUAUGUGCUCACUGGUGUCUCUGCAAGGGACCCCUUGAGCUGUGUUCCAAACCCACCAGGCCUCUACACCGCCCUCAGGAGUGACCGCACUUCUAGACCUCGUCAAAUCUCGACCAGAGCUCAGUCAACUAGCAUCUACGCUUCAUGUAACAGCUGGUAUAUCCAUCCCAUCAUGCAAUCUUUCCAUUUCCCUACUACGAGUGUGCAAGAGGGCAUAGGUCCUCCGGAGGACGCAGACGCAUUGAGAGACAUAAAAAAAACCUUACAGCAGAGUGUUGACGCAUUCUUUACCCUCGACAACAACGCAGAUUCUGAUUUCCCAAUAUGUAACCUCGAAGAAGCGUCCUCAGCUCUCCAAAAAUUUGCAGACAUUCCAGCUAGCCCGCAAAUCCCGCAGAAAUUAAUUUACAUUGUUCCUAGCCACAGCAUCACUCCAGAUCUUUCUCCAUGGCCAAAACAACAAGGCUUACCCAGCAUGGGAUGUACCGAAUUACACCUCCGACAUGGCUUUCGCUACAAAAGUCUCUCGCCAGACUCCGACGGGAUCUACGCAGGUCUUAACGAAUCCUACAAACGUCCCAAUCGUGAAAAGAUAGGCGACUUUUUGAAGCCCAUUCGGAUCAAAUUUCUUGAGGCUUUAUGCUCGAACGCUUGA